AUGUUAAAGCUGUGGAAAGUAGCCAGCAGGGAAGCUGAUAGCAAUAGCGAGAUCCCUGAAAUCGAUCACAUCGAGUUUCGCCACAGGUCUGUCUUCUGGGUGCCAAGUUUUUUUUGGCGUAACAACGCCGUUCCACUGCCAAUGUCGACAUAGUGCACCGCGCAUAGAUCUGACAUUGAAUUGGCCCAGCGUACUAGGACAAAUAUACAGAGGAUUUGGCCUAAUCCCUAAUCCUUGUUGACACCAGUUCCCGGCACAUAAGUAACUCUUUGGACCGGUAACUGGAAGUGAUUGCUUAUCAGGGCCGAUCAUAGAUGUCAGUGACAUAAAUGCGGUAAAGUUGGAAGCACUUACCAGCAGCUGACAUGAUCGUCCGCAUUGCACAGCCUCCGUGCUGGCAGGGUUAGGCCUGGAACUGCGAGGACAAGAUGGGUUUCCUCAUCUCGGAAAGCAAAGCUUACCGCCUUCCAAACACAGAAACUUGCAUAUGUGCCGUUUAGCGCAUCGGCUGAGGUCUGAAUUCGUUGAUUGCUGGUAGAACCGUUGCACGAAUGAACACUUGUGAUAGGAGAGAUCCAAUGUGUCCUAAGUUGCCCCUGUGGAGUCCCGAUGAAUUAAGUUAAGGGGGAGGGGCUGUGGGAGUUCACUUUAGAAAUUUUGAAGAGACGUCUUGUCUUCCAGCCAUGUCACCCGACAGUUCGACCGUCAUCACCGACGAUGUCCAUCGUUUAACCCACGGGGACGCUGACUUGCGCACGAAUUGGUUUGCAAUGAUAAUAUACUUGCUGCAUCCACCACACUCCUCCGCCACCUGGGCCCGUAGUUAAGACAAAGUCAAGAAAACCGGAGGAGAGAGAAGGCGCAGGUGGAUAUCAUGGUCGAACCCGCACCUUGGCCCUCCAUUCCGCAUCCCCUGGUCCACACAGAAAAUGACCAGGAUUUUAGCAAACAAUAAAAAAGGGUUGGCGCGGCCGAAGCCGCACCUAGGCGUGUAGUCACAUCUGGUUCGGAUCCCACACAGUGGGGAGUGCCAUACAGGCCAUAUUAAGGAGGAUCCAUUGUAGCCUGACUCUUAGAUCACCAGUCGGCCGCCCCACACAAACACAAAACGCUGGGCCGACUGCGAGGUCCAAGUUAUUCUAUCAGUUGAUAACCUUCCAAGCCGCAGCUUUUAAUGCACCGUGAUGGCUUCAAACGCGUCAGCUUGUUUAUAGUGAGGAAAGUGCGCCGAGUCGUCGACCUCACUCUCCCUUACCACUCACUGUCCGAGUGGGUCAGUUGACUGCAGCGGGGAAUGGGCGCGGUGGCUGACGUGGUCUAGUGACCUUGUCUGCGCGCGUCACAUGCGCGACCUGACAGUCCAAACACAAGCACCAGGAUUUCAUGCAACAGGGGUCGAACGGCGUACAUCUCAAAUGCGUGAGAGUGCCGCAGGUCACAUUAAAAAGGAGCCGUUUCAGCCUGGCUCUCAACCCACCAAUCCGCCACUCCAAAGGACUCACACACAACUGGGCAGACUGCGUGGGCUGAGUUGGAAAGUCAGUCAGCAGCCUUCCAAGCCACGGUGCUUGACGCACUGUUAUAGUCUCAGACUCGAGUCACACAUUCAGUGGAGGAACCAAAUGGAGACGGAGCCGAGACGUACACUUCGCACUUGCAUGGGAGGUGGCAGUUGGAUGCUUGUGGUGGGUGAUGUAGGUGGGGGGAGAUGUGAUGGUGUGGCGUAGCCGGCGGUCGUCUACUGCAAGUUUUCGCGAAUGCGCAUUUGGCCUAAUGGACCCAUGCGAUGAGUGAAUGUGCGGGUGCAGUGAGGGCGGUUGAGGCGGAUGCGGCGAGUGUAUGUUGGUGCUCUAAGCAGUGGUUCGUCAGUCUCUGUGCGAUGGCUUCGUAAGUGACCGACCAGGCCGAUGUGUGAGAUGAAUGCGCGGGACAGUAUGGACAGGAAAAGUCGGUAUUGUCACCCAAAAGGCAUUCAAGCACAUGCAUAGACUUACGUAAUUGUGGAUUUUCACGACUAUCGAAACUCUUCAAUUAAGAUUCGUAAUUGCCUGGUAGAUAGAAGUUAGAGGACAUAACACUGUUGAAAACGCCGACUGUCUACUUGAUAUUUCAAUUACUAAGGAAAGCUGCCAUAUGGAUAAUCCUUUGUAAUUGCCUUGUUUAAUUUGCGUCAUGACCCUUCCAAACCAACUUCUUUCUCUAGUCCUGCCCGGUUGCGUGAACUGGACCUUGACGCAUUUGCUGAGGAGCUGAAGAGGCAGGGCCAUGGCGACAAACAUAUCACGCUGUACGAUAUCCGCAAGGAGUUGAAUCAUCGCUACCGAGAUCUCCGUUUUCCCUUCGAGCCCUUAACCGCGGAGCAAAUUUUCAGUCUCACUACCCAUGAGACUCCGGAGACUUUGCACGUCGGUCGUUUGGUUGAGUGUCAAGUGCUGGGUGUAGCUACCAGGAAGCCCAGGCCGGAGCAGUUGGAUAAGGCGAAUCCCACCAAAAAUGAGAUUACGGGCUUGUGGAUGUGUCCAUUCUGCAAGCAAGAUGACUUCCAGAAACUCGACGAGGUAUAUGACUGAUUAUUUGACAUUCUUAGGCUCCAGUCCAUGGGGUUGGGUAGUUGAUGUCGAAGUUUCCAGUUUUCGCGUCAUUUGAGUUCUUACACGUUUGGCUUUUUAUGGUGUCAACUCCUUUUUUUAAAAGAAAACCCCUAUAAGACUUGAGUAAAUGGCAGCCCCAAGUUUUUUGUAAGUCGAAUUUUGGUAACCAAAAUAACUUUUUUCUACGCUGGAACUAACUAGUAUUUUACUGCUUAGUGUUGAAUUGAUGCGGUAUGCUUAUUGCUUCUCGACUUAAUCAUUAAAUCACAGGAACCCGUUUGUGUUAGUUGAUGUCUUAAUGUCCUUUCCUUCGUCCACUUUAAGCCGUUUACUCUUAUUAUGAUUGUUAACUCGUUGGAUUAAGAACGUGAAACGCUGUUUCAGUUGAAGAUCGUUCAAAACCGGUCUCAGGGUAAUAAGUUCGAAUGUUGUAAGAGACGAGGACCACCACUGUCUCUACUGAAGUAGACCUGAAAUUUGGCAAGACAGAGUCAAGAUGGCCGGAGUCUGACGCAGAAGCACUUGAUGAAGUUAAAGCCACUUCUGUUCGUAGUAAUAUCUGACAUCGAGAAAACCAGUUAUCGCAAGGGGGUUCCAGAUUUCGCACAAUUGAGAAUGGAAGAAGGGCACUCUCCAGGGGCUAAACCAUUGCCUUCUGACCCGCGUGCCAGAUAAGGAUCGAGUUAUCUCGUCAGUUAGCAAGCUCACCGGCCACAAGCUGUAUCAUUUCGUACUAGUUUGAAGGCGCGUAUGAUUGCUUAUAACCGGUAAGCGCAGCCCGAAAUCCCAGAGAGAACGGCCUCGGUCUCUCAUUUCCAUCCGAUAUCACCUGCGAGUCCGAAUCAAUGUGGAUAGCGACAAAGUCAGACUCAGCGACUGACCUAUCAUGAGGCCCUCAUAUGACUCGUUUUACCCCUCCCUCACCACUCUGGUUUCUCCUGUUUCGAUCAGUGAUGGCAGCUAGAUUUGAAUAGUUGUAAAACUCCCUUCAUAAGCAACCCACCUCCAAUAGUCUAAAAGCGUAUUUGACACUGAUGACCCAGAGCCCCGCCAUAUCGCAUCCUGCAAACUUUUAUGAAUCCUAUUGGCUUGCUUUGCAAGAGAUCUUCGCAAUGUCUGAGGAUGCAACCAUAAUGUGCAAAUGCCUUCUCGUUAUCUGGUAGUUUCGUGUUCCAACUGGUAGUCAUAAUGGCUGAGUGUUUUUGCCAUUCUACUUCUUCUUAAAUAAAAAUCUGAGCAUUAGAAUACUGGAGAAGGUCUUACCAACCAAGACAGGGGCACCGGAUUAUCCGUUCCUGGGAUAUUUUCCGUCGCUAGCCAAUGACGCCUCAGGACCUAGGUGUGUGUCCAGUCACACUUGAUAAUUGAGCAGCCUCCUCACCAUUGCACUAAAGGCUCAUGCCCUGUCGACUGGCAUCGGAGAAUAUUUAUUUACACGUGGUCUGUAGACACACAGCCACAAGGUAAAGCGCAAACGAUCAUUUUCAUCUUGCAGUCUGAGUGGACUCGUGCACGCCACUCCCAUUUGACCAAAAUACUGCUGACGAAUGGAAGAGAAUAUGCACAUCCCAGGUUCUUGUUUAAAAUACUGCUCUCUACAGGACGAGGGAAGGAGUGCAUUCAACAUGAGGACUUCUCACAUCCUCUUGACUUAAUCUGUUGACUCACAACCGUAUUGGUGCCUUGCAGUAGACUAGUUGGUGAUACUGAUACUUUCUGCAGCUUUUGUUUGGUCGAGAAAUGGUGAGGAAUGAGUUGACCGCACUUAAGUUAACCCGCAGAGAUGGCUGAGUUUUAUUUUUGCAGGGGUUCAAGGGGUGGCAAAGCACGCAGCGUCUUAGCUGCUGCCUGCGCCAAAUUAUAUUUCUGGUGCGCAAACUGCAGUCAUUAAAUUGUAUUUUAUUCAGUAGUAUGCAUGCCCACGCUUUAACUCCGAUCACACCUCACAGUUUAAACCUAAGCGCGUGGCCCUUACUAGAAUCGGCGAAUGCUUUCCGGUGGUAAUGUUUGACGCUACCAAGUAAGCUCCACUCGUGCUCUUCCCUUUGUCCCUUCUUGGCUCUUCAUCCUCUACUCCCACAGUAAACACUUAUUGGGAUUGAGAUAACACCCACUCAACUCUGUCUUCCAGUGGUAAACGACUAACCCUCAAUCGAGUUUUGUCAUGCCUACCAAACAGGACUUAUUGAAGAAACAGGCGCUUCUUUUUCAGCCAAUCGCACCACACUUUCUUGGUCUGCCUCGAAUUGGCGUCGACUUCAUUAUAAUGGAACUUCCAACCCGACCUUCAGUAGAAUCUUGGAUCAAUUCGAAGGCACAAUCUUUUUUUUCUCCGCAUACGCUUUAGCCCUGGAUUUUUAAAUAGUUUAUGAAUUUUCUUCCCUCAUAAGUCCCGCUAUCGUGCGCCCCUUAGUCGAUUUAUCGAUCUACGCAGGAUUCGUUCUAGUGACCGGCCAAUUUGCCGUGCUCUGUGUCCUGACAAAUUCUGGGGCUAUCCCUGACAUUAUUACAGUCCUUAGUAGAACAUACCGUUGUUUUCAAAGUUUUACCACACGAGUGACCUAUUUCCCGUAGCCCUUCCUCAUAAUUGAAUUUCCUAGGUACUGUCCAGUACUAAGGUAGGCUUAUUUUCCAGCGGUACAGACCUCCACUGUUUAUAGUGUUGUCAAAAGAACUUUCGCAGAGAUCCGUCCACUACAUCAGCCCUUUCAACCAUAUUCCUUGCCGGACUAAAAUUGCAGAUUUUCGUUUUUUUGCCUAGAUGUGGGCUCAUUUUGACAGUAACGACUGUCCCGGCCAGGUUGUUGGACUUCGGUUACAACUGGAGAAUGGUAUCUCUGGCUUCAUUCCCCUCCGCCUAACUGAUCCGCCCACGGAGCGCGUACUUGAACAGGCACAACCAGGGACCAUUCUACAGGCUCGCGUGACCAAAAUUGACAUCACCAAAUACAAUGUAGAGCUAACACUGAAGGCCAGUGACAUACAGGUAGUUAAACUUUUGCGACCAUUUCUAUGGGGACCUGUGGCAAAUUCUUACCUCAAAUUAAGCUCGAAACUACCUGUUAGGAAAGAAUACAGCAACUUUUGCCACAAACAGCUCCCCUUUUCAUCUGGACUGCCGAAUGAUUAUUCCACCGGAAAACAUCAUUGGUGGGAAAGUAACCAUUUUGUUCCUGUCCUCUCUACCUACAGCCCGAGUUCACGCACGACGGUUGCUACCAGAAGUCGUUCUUGCGAACAGGGCGUUUGAGCCUUCCGAUGACAUUUUAUGCUAAAAGACUUUGUGAUAACCAGGAUAAUUGUGUGAGAAGGUCCUCUAGCCUGAGACGCUUCUUCCUGUACAUGCUAAGGAACCAUAAGCAAGUAUGGCAAAAAGUAACUACCGAAGUUACUAGAUUGCUUUGGAAUUUGCACUGGUUCACCCAAAAGAUGUCCAAGGCAGCUUUUAAUGAUGACCAUUGGGAUCUAAAGUUACAGACUAAGAUUCUUAUCGCAUCUGGUCAUUAAUGAUGGAAACUGCAGCAGUAAAUAUCCUUAGUAAAGGCCAAAAACGGUCAUUUGGCCCUAAUGAUCACCGAAUCCGCCGUUGGGGGCGUCGUAAGUUGUGUCCGCACCGUCAUUAUAUGCCGCGUUGUAUAUGAAUUAAGCCAUCCUUGUUAAUAGGAUGAUGAAACAUAAAGUCCCACGUUAAACUGUAGAUCUCAAAACCUUAUAAGCCUUGUUUGGUCAGUUAAUAUGAUCAGCUGCGGCGCAUACAUCCUUGGUAAGAAAGUUUGCUUAUUCUAUCAUUAUAGGACUAUGAAGUCGACAGUCAUUAGAAUAUUUUCUCGGACAUCUUAAAAUUGGAUACUUCCUCUCACAGGUAGCCAUCGCGAUGUUCAAGUAUUCGCGAAGCAUCUAGCGAGUAACAUGCUGUCUGUGGAGUGGCUUCCUGACCGAGUUUGCCCAAUUCCCGGUCCUGGCUAACCGUACGAUGGAGCUUGGUUCGAGACGAACUGUAUCUUCUUCUACCGACAAAUGUUGUUGCUGGACUGGAAACUGCAACUCUGAUGUGCAUGUGUUUUCUGCAUUCGCAGACGCAUAACCGUAUCCGGCGUGUCUCACAACUCGCGCGUCUUGUUAACUCAUUAACUACACAUCCGCAACCAUGAUUGUUACACCUAGACUUCAGGAAUCAUGACGACCCGUACCGACUUUAGGCUGCGGGUCGCUAUAAUCUCUUAUUAUGAUCUCAGCUUAAGGAGGUGUUUUUGUGCGUUAUUACGGCCAGGCCAUUGUAAUGGUCCCCGGUCUUAGUCACACAGCGUCCUCAACCCGUUGAUAGUUACGACCUAGUUGACAGUUUGAUUGCGUUCUUGAGCAGAAAGUAGUACAGAAUCGUUAUUUUUUUAUUCACUCCGUCCGAUAUCGCAUGCCUGUGUGCUUUACAUAUUUGAUUUAAUCCGAAUGCUAGGCAGUAACUGAAUUCAUGCCAAAUUUGGGGCCGAAACUGGAAAGGUUUGCCUCGAGAAACUAACCCCAAUUAAGUUUGCAAAUUAGUUUCUGGUUGACUUUGAAAACCUAGAAUCUAGAAUAUGUUAUGUUUUAUGGUAGAAACUAACUGAAGGACGAUGGGAGACCCACUGCUAAACCGAAUUUCUGUCAGCUCUGUCACUUAACGCACAAAAUCGACGAAACGCGUGUCUAAGCCUUUAGUUAGUACCCAUGCCCGGGUGCAUGUCAAAUCAGUCUCACAGUGUAUUUAUAAACUGUUGGCUACCUGUGGACAGACUGUGAAUAUUUUGCGGUUUUUUCACCGAAGCUUAUGGGAUUCGACACAAAUACUUAUAUCAACACUCCGGCUGAACCAGGAAGUGUCUGUCCGUAAGAUUUCAUUCUAAGUUCACACAGUUAUUUUAGUGAAAAAUAAUAGAUGUAGUAGCCGAGUUAUUAGCAUUUCGUUCCACCGUUAUCGUGCUGUCUUACGUGGGCCAGUUUUGAUAAGUCACUCCAAUUCAUCCGCAACAGCCGACCACUUCCGACCUUCAUUUUAAAGGCUCUACUUUUCGUAGUGGAACCAUCUUAAUCACUCUUUAGUGGUGUCCUUGUUAGGCCUUCCUUGGCUUAACGUCUCAUUGAGGGUUCGCGUUAUUUCCGCUACCAUUGGUCCAGGGCCAAACUCAUGCGCGAACUUACCCUUUCCAAUCAUUGUUUUGGUUAUCCAGCGUAGUGACAUAUAAACCUUUUAAGCCAAAAUAUUGCUAUAACGGAAAGGUUGGAAAGUUGUUUCCUAGCGUGGUAUUCAAAAAAUGAAUAUUUAUUUUGCAAAAAUCAUCAGGCAUAAAGGAACGGAACGACAUUUUCGUCGAUUCAACAAUUUCUCUGAAAGCCGCCAAUUCAUACGGGCCACGUUUGCAGUUUCCUAUUGUAUCCUCUUCGAAUAUUUCUGUUCUAUCUAAAGAGCAGUGCUGCAAAGAAAGCAACAGUAAAGGGGACGGCCGUUUCGGGCUUGUUUUCUAUCCCCAUCCAUCCAUGCCCUAACCACACAGUUUUUAACCGGGGGGGGGCGGGGGUGGUCAGUUAGUAGUUGGGCUACUGUUGAACCACGGGCCCACUUUCUGUCGGGUGCAUUUGCGAACAUUCAAGUCGCAUGGGGGUUUUAUUUGCCGCUCUCUACCCCGAUACUGGGAUGGAAUACGGCGUUCUGCCUUACCUUGGAGUUCCAGUCUGAAGCCCUGGUAUGCUGUCACGUGGCAACAGGCGGAAAAAAAUUAAAAGGCGUUUCAAUUAGGAUAUCUCGUCGUGACGAAUUCCCGUCUAACAUCCGAAAAGGUCCUCCAUCGGCCUAUUUUUCCAAGUUCCCUGCGACUGUCUUUUUCGCGCAGGCGCUUAAUCAAGCAGCGUACCUAAUUAGGGGUUUGUGUCAAGUUUUUUCCUUUUUCUCUGAUUCCGACUAGGACGAACGCCACUUGUGGACACCAAGGAAGGAUCCGUUCUACGACUACGAGGCCGAAGAGGCUGAAAUACGUAAAGAGGAGGCAGAGAAAGAGAAAGCAAAGGCCAGUGCUCACCAAGCGUACAUCAACCGGCUCAUCUUUCAUCCACACUUUAAGAACAUCAGCUACAGUCAGUUAGUUGCGAUGGAACCGCAGCUCGAAGUUGGUGCCAUAAUCAUCCGACCCAGCCGACAGGUAGGUUUCUAG